AUGGAAGAACGUGUAAACAUUUCGUUCAUUAAGCCACAUGGAGAACAGGGAGAAAUAGACCACACAGCUAUACGAUCGUGGAUUCAUUCAGAUUGGCCAUCUCGUAUCACUGAAUAUCCUCCGUCUUGUGUGUUCAAUGUGGAUGAAGCUGGAAUUUAUUUCAGGGCAUUACCUGAACAUACGUAUAUGUUCAAAAAUGAAAAAACUAGAUGAACUAAAACUAGUAAAUAACGUCUAACCGUAUUAUGUUGUGUAAGUAUGGAUGAUGAAAAGAGAAAACUACUUGCCAUUAGGAAAAGUAAAUAUCCCGGGUGUUUCAAGGGUGUUAAGAAUCUACCAGUAGACUAUACUGCAAACAGUAAUACAUGGAUGACAAAAGAAAUUUUCACCGAAUGGCUGACAAAGUGGGACAAUGAAAUUCGUCAUAACGUAUUAUUGCUAAUUGAUAAAUGCACGACUCAUGUGGUUACAGUGAAAUUCACAAACAUAUUAACCUCGUAUUUUUACUCUUUGACACUACAUCAAUCAUACAACCGUGUGAUCAGGAGAUUAUAA